UUUAUUAUUCUUUGUUUAUUGUUUCAUCAAUCAUCAAAAUAUUAUAAAAGUUAAUUUUGAGAAAAAAAUCACAUUCUAAGAAUGGGAAAAAUAGCUGCCAUCGUUGAUAAUAAUGUUAAUAUUAUCAAAACAAAUGAUCUCAACAAUAAUCAUCAUCAACAACAAUCAUCGGAACAAAAUUCGAAUGACAAUUUAAAAUUGAAUGGUUUCAUGCCAACUUUAUCGAACAAUAUUCCUAAACAUAAACAGAAAUCAAAACCGGCUUUAUCCAAUAAAACGAAUGGAAAAAUUAUAGUUAAAAAUAAUAAAACAAUUGUCAAAUCUAAAAACAUUAAAAAUGGUAAACAAUUAAAAUCAAAACGACGACGACAACGAAAUUCGAAUAAGAAUAAGAAUAAAAAAUUAAGUAAAAUGAAUGGUUCUACUAUAUCCAACGCCUCUGCCAUAACAACAUCAUCUGCAAAUGAAACUAAUAAUAGUAAUAAUCAGAAAAAAAUAUCUUCAUAUCAAGAUCAAACCAAUAUUCUGACAUAUUUUGAUCCAACUAAAAAAGUUCGUGAUCCACUUACAUUGGUUGAAUGUCAUCAUUUUGAUGAUUCCAUUCAAUCACCAGUGGUUGUUAAAAUUAAAUUAGAAGCAUUAUUAUUGAUGGAUUUACAUGCACAUUGUUCUCAUAAUGAAGUAAUCGGUUGUCUUGGUGGCUAUUAUUGUCGUGUAACGAAAACAUUAUAUGUAUUAACUACAGUGCCUGGUUCAUCUAUUGAAGAUCGUUUUAAUCAAUGUGAGCUGGAUUCCGUUUCAUAUGUUAAUUCAAUUGAAGUUAUAGAAAAACAGAAUUUAAAAAUGGUUGGAUGGUAUCAUUCACAUCCUAAAUUUUCUACUAAACCAUCCAUAUUGGAUAUACAAACACAGAAAUGUUAUCAAGGAAUAUUUUUGGAACGUUACAUUAAUGAAGAAAAAAAUAAAUCGAUAAAUAAUAAACAGGAAAAAAUUAAUGACAAUCUUUCGAAGGAUGAACAACAACAACAACCACUUGAAGAAAAUGAACGAACAUUUGUCGGUUUCAUUAUUACACCAUUUCUUGUUCAACCGAUUGGACAAACCUUAUCAUCGAAAUCAUUCACUAGAUAUCAGCCACACUCUGAACGUUCGAUUGGUUCAAAAUUUAUUGCUAAUAAUAUUCCUUAUGAUUAUCAUCAUCGUCAUGAUUCAUCUUAUUGUUAUUUUACGCCUGAAUUAAAUUCCAUACUAGCCAGUACGAUCAAAUGUUUUUGGGCUAGUUCUCCUAAAUACAGUAAAGAUUCAAUAAGAAAUAAUCCACAACGAGCUCAUUGUCUGGUACCAUAUGAAAUUGAAACAACAAUGAUACGUGAUGAAUGUUUCAUAUCAUCCAUAGCGAAUGGUUUGAGUCAAUUGUGUAUAAAAAUUUUAUCCGAUAAUGAUGAAAAAGAACAACAAAUUGUAGAUCUAUUUCAACAAUUUACACGGAUUGGUUCGAUUUAUAUAAACUAUUUGGAAAAAAUUAUAGCUUCAUUAUCACAUCAUCUUCAAAAUCCAAAAGUUAAUUAUCUUUGUACUGAAGAAGAACUUGCUCGUAUUCGUGAUCAAUGUGUAGCGAUUUUAUCACAAGAAUUGGCCAGAAAUCGAAAAAUAUAUGGCCAUACAACUAGACAUCGACAGGUGAAAAGACAAUGGAAAUAAUUAACAUUUAUAAAUACUUCAUCAUUCACACACACAUUCAUUUUAUGUACAGCAAAAAAAAAUGUUCAGAAUUCUCUUUUUUUUAUUUUUUUAUUUCUAAUUCGAAAUACAUCAUCAUCAUCACAUUUGUAAUCUUAAAUGACUGAAAAUUCACAAAUUCAUCAUCAUCAUCAUCAUCAUUGUAUUUGUAGCCGUAAUUAAUUCAUAAUGGACCAUGGACCAUUCAUAUAUAGUUUGAUUUAUUUAACAUUUUCUUUUUUUUUAAUAUCUUGAAUAUCCUAUCAAAUCUUUUUGAAAUUUCUUUCUUUUUUUUUGUCCCUAAUAUACACAACUAUUGUGCACGGGCACUUUAAAAAAUUAAAAAUUUAUUCCUUUUCUAAAUGACCACCAUAUGAUCAUCAUUUUUCAUGUUAUAAUUUAUAGUACAUAUGUACUUUAUGACGUAUUUAAAUUUUCAUUCACUAAAAUUAUUUGGUCUUUUCUUGACUAAAAAAAAUCAAAUAUCAGAUCAUCAUUCAAGUGCUAUGGAAACUAAAAAAAAAAAAAAAUUCGUAAGCGAAAUUCACACAGGGAGCUUAGCUUAUAUUGGUGCAAUUGUCAAAUUUGCCAGUAAAGCAAAAUGAUUGCUAUUUUAUGUUUAUUAGUAAAAAAAAUGAUAGAUUAAAUGAUGUUUUCGGGGCCAACAUGAAUUGACGAUUCAUAGAAAAACUAUAAAUAUUCAAUCAUCAUCAUCAGAAC